GUAAAAUCUUCAAGUGGUCGAAGAAAUCGUAAGUUCUUCGGGUGGAGGGGGCCACGAGGUGGUUCCCUUAGCCCCCGGGCCGGCGGCAGCAUGGCGUCUUACGGCGGCGUGCUCAAGGACUACAGCCACAGCAGCUUGAACGAGGCUUUCAAGUCCCAGAAUAGUGUCAACUUUAAGUUAAUUAAAACAGUAUCCGAUUUCACCGAAACGCUUUCCCAACUGUAUGAGGAACACGCAACUGCCCUACAAACUUUAGUGUCCAAUUAUCGCAAAAAGAAUGUUGAGCUGCGCAAAGAAAGACCCGCCUGCCACUUGGCCAUAUUUCAGGCAUGGGAAUCAUUCCUGCAGGAGGCCGAGACCGAUUCGCAGGCCUGCAACGAUGUGGCCAGUGUCCUCUCCCGACAGGUGUCGCGACCAAUGUUGGACAAGUCCUUUCAUCGCAAAGUUCAAAGCCGUAAAAUAUUUACACACAGGGAGUCUUUUGAGACUAUUAUCGCAAAGACUGAAGAGAAGCUGUCAAAGUGCCGGAUGGACUACAAGCAGUGCCACAUGGCCCAUCGACAGAACCCCAGCCAGCACUCGCUCACCGAAUACAUCGACGCACACAAUGCGUACGUGCAGCAGCUGCAUGCCACGAAUGGAAUGCUUGAGGCCUACCACUGCGACACUCUGCCACACCUGAUGCAGGAGCUGGAGGAGAUACACAAUGACCUGUCCGGCAUUGUUUCCGAUUCGCUGUUUCAGGGAGCCGAUGUAAUUGCCAGCAAGGCUAGCGACCAGGCCAAGCGCUACAUCAGCCUGACCAACCAGUGCAGUGCGGUCUCGCCGCCACAGGAUCUGGCCAACUUUGUGCGCCUCCUGGCCCAGCCAUCGCAGGCCCAGAAGGUUCCUCGGCGGCCCUUUGCUCCACCCCAAGGCGAGCCAGGCGAGGAGAUGGGCGACCAUAAUGAGAUGACCCCCAACUUGCGGAACGAGCUCGUCUUUGACCGCCACUCCACACUGUCGCAGCGCUCGGCCCUGGAGUCACUGAAGCGUGAGGCCAUAGAAUUGGAAUUGCAGAUACGUCAGCUGCAGGACGCCAUCGAUGCACUGAAUCGGACACAGACGCGUGGCAUUGAGGGGCAGCUGUACAACAAGGUCAACGAGCUGCAGGAGGAUUUGUCCAUGAAGAAGUUUGACUUGCGCGCCAAGCAAAUCCAUUUGGCGGCCAUACGGGCUCAGAAGGAGCUGUUCGUGAGCAAAGUUGAGCCUACGUCGCCGCGCAACGAACGCAAAUUCUCCGCUGCCACAGCGCCAUCGAUGAAAACAAAGUGGCUGAAAGCAUUUAAGAGCCUAAAGCCUGCUGGUUCUGGUUCAGCACAACAAGCAGACAGCCAACCACCCCGACAAAAUCAAAUGUACCACGCUGUAUCAACCGUUUUGACUUUGAGGCGUAAUGGUGCCUCCAGCACGGCCUCCGAGCCGCUGCGCCCCAACCUGGACGGGAGCCACCAUCUGCAGGAGUACACGUACAAGAAGAUAACGGCCUGCGAUGCCUGCUCGCAGAUACUGAGAGGACACACGCGGCAAGGUCUACGCUGCCGCAUCUGCAAGCUGAAUGCCCACGGAGACUGUGCCCCGAAUCUGCCGCGCUGCCAGCCCAAGCAGAAGCUUCUGCGGCGCCAGAAGAGCACCUCCGAGCUGGAGAAUCGUGUUGAUGUUGAGGAGGAAACAGGCGCCGACAAGUCCGUCCAGGCCAAGGUGCUGGAUGGCAGCUUCGUGGGAGGGUCGAUCCCCGGGCCCGCGUUCACUGAGCGGGAGAUGGUGCCGGGCCUACGGCCGGCGGAUAUACCUAUUGUCAGUGUCUCCGAGCUGGCCUUGCAGGAGCAGGAACAGCAGCAGCAACAGCAACAGCAACAGCAACAACAAGUACAACAGCAGCAGCAGCAACAAAUGCAACAGCAGCAGCAGCAGCUACAACAGCAGCAAUAUCAGCAGCAGCAACGAAGUUUGGCAUCGGUGGCGCAGGCGGCAGCGGUGCGGGCCGGACGGGGCGUGCGUCCGCCGCCCGUGGCCAUGCCCAUUCUGGGCGUGCAACUGCAGCAACAGGAGCUGCAGCAGCAACGUGGCGGCCUGCCAGUGCCCACCCAAGAUAUAUCGAGUAGUUCAGCACCGCACUCACCGCGCCGGCAAAAGUUGAACUUACGCAUGAAAUCCCUGAGCCUGGACUCCCCCGAGUCGUCGGAGCUGCACGGCCAAUUCCGGCGGCGUCCGCAGCUGCCGGUGGCGGGCGCCUCCACAUCAGCGGCCCCCGGCUACUAUCACGGCGGAUCGGGAGGCCACCUGGAGCACAGCACUCCACCAUCGAACAACAGCCGUCUGCACUCGCCAUCGAGUCCCUCGCAUACGGGCCGCAAGCUGUUGUAUGCCACACGUGGCAUGCGUGGUGGCAGCGUCGAUUUACCGGAUGAAUUGGAGAAGUCACAGUCCUCGGCCAGCACUUCGCCAUGCCUCUCACCAAAAUCGCAUCGUCUGUUGCCCACCAACUUGUACGUCAUCCUCUACAACUUCAAGGCGCGGCAUCCCGACGAACUCGACCUCAAGGCUGGCUAUAAGGUGACUGUCAUUGACACAUCCGAUCCGGACUGGUGGAAGGGCAAGGUCCUGGGACGCGUUGGCUUCUUUCCAUCCAAGUACUGUGUGCGUCUGAACGCCAGUGAGAAGCCCCUGCAGGUUACCCACAAUCUGCAAGUUUCCGAUGGGGAGCGCAGCGACAAGAUCACGCUUCUGAGAGACCAGAUUGUCAUACAGGUCGGCGAUGAGGUCAAUGGUAUGUGCAUGGUGCGCUCAGCCGACAACCGCCAGGGCUACUGUCCGGUCAAGUAUCUGCAGGAGGUGUGACAGCCAGAAGAGCCAGAAGAUGAGCCGCCUUCUGACGAGCGGAAUAGGCCGCAGAAGUCGGCGUUGCAAACGUCGUCGAGGACGACGGAUAAGACCAAGCGUAGGAUUAGAAUUGUAGUUAACGAUAAUAGCAGCUUAGCCGGAAGUAGUAUCGCACCUGCACCAUCCCACACCACCUAUUCCAAUCACCAGAUCCCCAGAGAAGCGGAGGCCGAGACGAAGCGACUGAACAUCGAUUACGGGGACGAGAGCAGUGCCGACUGGGAGAAGGACAAGGACGUACUCAUUUUGUCCGGGCGCCGAAACAAAAACGACAAGAACUGGGAGAACUGGGAACGGAUCCGCGAGCAGAAGCUGGAGAAGAUGAAGAACAUCUGCUUCGAGAGCUACCGCCAAUCAAAGCGGGACAAGUUGCAACAGGCAAAGCCGCGACCAAAGCAGCUCGACUCCACCUGGUACACGGACAACAUCUACUCCAAUCGCUCGGACGACAUGGAUGAGGACUAUGUACCGGACUGUAUCAAGUACGGCGCUUACCGCCCGCUCCGCGACAUUAACGAGCUCGACGAAAAGUACCCGGAGGAGGCAGGAGUCAACCGGGAGCGGCGCGGCGAGGGCGAGGGCUCCACGGGAUACGGCCUGCAUCGCUCCAAGAGCUGCAAGGAGUUCCAGUACCCCAAGUCGCAGAGCUGGUGCUUCGAGGGCAACGUUUUUGAGGGCGGCGGCGGCGUGGCCAGUGGCAGUGGGAGUGGGAGUGUCCCAGCUGCUCCGGCCACCACCUCCAUACUGAAAAAUCGGUCGGGAGUGCCCAAGUCCUACUCGUUCAGUGCCAGCACCAAGACAAUGCCCUUCGACAUCAUUGACUACGAGCUGCCACCCGCCUCGAACACGCGGCGAGAGAAGCGCGAAGCCUACAGGCGCAACAUGCACAUGCUGUACAGCAACAGCCUGGACGAGCGAACCCUGGCCCACCGGUGUUGCGCCCGGGACCAGUGCACCAGCGCCAGGUGCCUGCUGGACGACAUCUACCCGGGAUCAGGAGCGGCAGCCAGAUCGCGGGGUCGCGCCCCAUCCCAGCAGUUGCUGGCUGGCAGCAGCAGGAAUCUGAAUCUGAACGCAGCGGACUGGCUGUUCGAGGAGCGGGCAGAGGCCGAUCACCGGGCGGGGCGGGCUCCGAGGACGCUGGCCCCCACCGUGAUAUGUUGCUGUGCUGCGGACGAUUGCUGCUGCCACCGACAGCCACAGCCCCAUCUGGUGGUUCGACCGCGGUCCCGUGUUCACUGCCCCGGCCACCAUCCAGCGGCUGAGGAAGAGGAGCACAUGCACUGCCGUUACGACACCGAUCUGGAGCACUUCAUACGGGCGGAGCGCGAACGUCUGCUGCUGCAGGACAAGUUCCUGGACGAGGACGAACGCUACUUGGCCGCGGCACCUGCUCCCCGCAGCCCAGCGCGUCGGUACCCCAACUACCAGCGACCCACACGCAGCAAAUCCCUGCUGGAAAUGGAGCCAUCAAAUCUGUUCGACGACGACACUUGCUCAGACACAACCGAAAUCGAUCUGGAGGACUUCAACAUCGAUCUGGAGAAGUACUGGGAGCAGCUGGACAAGCCCCCCAGUCCCAUCAACAUGGACAUGCGGCGCAACAUGCAGAGCAGCCUCAAGGUGAAGAACGUUAACGUGAGGUGCUACAACAACGGACAACCCAUCGACCUUCACGACCGGGAGCACGAGCGCCUAAUGAUCAAGAAGUCCCUGCUCGAAGGCAUGCCCUCGCCGCCGCAGCUGGACUCCAGUGAGUCCUCCAACAAUCCUGGAUAUCCUUUUUUUGAGAAUUCCGACACCCCCUCCUUCCAUCACCUCUCUGGACCGGGUCGUGCGCCCGCCUAUGUGCCUGCGCCAGGCUACGGGCACAAGAUCUACCCGACCGCGGACGUCCUGCCCUCGUACCAGUACAAUAACUUCUACCCGGAGCACAGUCACCCGACCGUGGGCAACGUGCUGACACAGCAGCCCACAGCCGGCAUCCACCAUGCCUCCGCCGGCGGCCACUCGGCCCUCAGUCUGAUCAACAACAUCUUCUCCAUCUACAAGCCGAACAAGUACUCGCCGGAGAACUGCCAGAUGAACUACGAGAGCAAGCCGGAGCCGUGCAAGAAGAUGAACGUGCCCAGCACCCGGCGACCCCUUGGAGCGGCCGCGCAUCCCCACCCGCACCCCCACGAGUACAUGCACUCCUCGAUGAAGCGACCCCUGCUGGUGAGUGCCGACCAGCCCCACUUCAAGAUUAUACCCGAGAAGACUGGCCUCAAGAUAUCCCCUCUGCUCAGCUACGAUGAGUACGGCGGAGGUGGAUGUGGAGGCGGAAGCAUCGACAAGUCGCAUCAUAGACUGAGCAGCACGGCACGGCCUCUGAUGCUUCCGCACUGAUGGUGCUGGACCUUUCCGUGGUAUGGUAAUGGCAACUAUUGUUAGUUAUGCUCCCAGCGACUGCCUGAACAACUCUCCAGAAAUCCAGAAGACUCGCGAACAGCGGCACGCAACCCAAACGCACACGUUCCUGAGUCCUGCCCCAACAGCAGCUCCACCGACAUUCGUAGCCGGUCGGGAGCUGGGGCUAGGCGUGGGGCUCGGGCUCUGGCACAUCUGUUGUGGCGCUGGCAGCAAUUCGAGUGCGCCACUUCCUCCUCAACCACCACUCGUCGUUGUCGUCCUCGUCCUCGUCCCCGUCGCCUUCGUUCAUUCGCACAAUUUGCUUUUGGUUCGGCAAUGGGAGCAGGGACAUUGUUUCAUUGAUUGAUUCAUCGUUGUCGCAGCAACUGACACUCCAGCAAAAGGAAAUCCAGGAACAACAACUACAGCCAUACCAUUGGAAAACAGCACAAAAAAAAACUACAAGAACAUGACCAAGAACUUAGUCAAGAUUGUCCAAUCUAGAGAUGGAAAUGCCAGUGUGUGAUUAGAUAUCGAAAGAUACAGACAGACCGACAAGUCGACAGAUCGCUUAGUCGGUCAACGCUUACGGAUAAGCAAUGAAUGAAUCCUCUUCUCUCUUCAAACGGCCACUCACUCGAACAGAACAAACUAAACACACGUUUAAACACAUUACAUGUACAAUCAAUGUGCUUUUAAUACGAUGAACAUCGCUAGAGAAAUCGCAGCACAUACCCAGCAGUAUACCCAUACAUAUAUAUGUAGGAAUGUAGUUCAAUAACAGCAAAUGACAGAUACACUAACUUUUCGAGCAACUUUUAAGCAAUCAGCAGCGUAUUUUCAAUAGAGAUACAAAAGAAUACAUACAUACAUAUUUAAGGCAGAUACACUUGCAUGUGUAUGUGCAUGUGCAUGUGUGCAUAGGCUAAGCAGUUAAUAUCGUGUUUCAUAUUCAAGUAUGAGAACCUAUUGUAUGCCCUACUCUGUAGCAGUUAAGCCGAUUUUAUUAGUACUGAAGCUUCGAAAGAACAUUUACCUAAUGAUCGCUCUCGAUAGGGAUACUUUUUGGCAUCGAUAUUGAGAUAGUUUUUGGAAUACGAUACGACGAAAAUACGAAAAUAUGUAUGUAGAUCGGAGAUGGAAGAUGAUGUGUACUAGGGAAAACCGUUUUUAUUGUCACGAAAUUUUUUCUAUUUUUUAUACCAGACAACUUUGAAGCAACUAAACUGAGGGAGCUAAUAAAAUCGCUAGGAUUGUUAAGGACACAAGCUUUUCGCUACGUUUGUAGAUUGCAUUGCAGCUACUAGAAGGGAUUAUACAAAGGACAUACGUUUGGCAAGUGUGUGGCUUGGACCCGACAAAAGCGCUUUUAUAAACUAACUAGAUUUGUAUAUUAAUGUGAAACAUUGAAUAUGAUAAAUAUGAAUUGUACUUUUAUGAUGUAUGCGUAUCCACUGGCCUUAUUUAUUCAGAAGUAAGCAAAUGAGCAACCAAUGAGCUGAACUCACCCACACAAACACUCGAUCGAAACGAGAACACACAUCUGCAUCUGCAUCUGUAUCUUCAUCUGCAUCUGCAUCGGUAUCUGCAGAUAAAGAUGCACACCCAGCACACACACAAAUACAAUUACAAUUGAAAUUUUCAGCAAGUAAUACUCGUAAGGCUUCGCGUCGAUUUUGUUAAUUGUUUUUUGGCGUCCAAUUUUAAAUGAUAGACAACUAGUGUAGGGCUCAAGACGAACUAUACUAUCGAGUAUUUGUAGCAUGUAAGCAAACUAAACAGAAACACAGAAC